AUUCAAGCGUCAGUUUCUGCGUUAGCUGUAGUGUGUGCUAAUAGACUCGUGUACGAAGUGCAUUAUGAACAAACGUUGUAUUUAUUUUGAUGAAAUAUUUGGUGAGUGAUCGGAUAAAGCGAUGGAAACUGUGACGGAUGAAGACGCAUCUAAACGAUCUAAGAUAGAGCUACGCAAACUGAAAUUGGCAGAAUACCUUGCGGCCAAAGGCAGACUGAAAGCACCUAAUCCAAAACCAUAUCUCAAGGAGAAGCCUGUUACAAAGAAACAUGCUGAAAAUAACCAGAAGUCCAAAACUACAGCUGAAGGAAAGGAGAAUUGUGGCAUCAAUGGCACAAAUAUAAAAGAAGUUGAUAAAGAGGAUGAUAAAAACACAUCCUCAAAAAAAGGACUUGGUAUGAGUUCGCUAGCCAAAGCCCAAACACAGCUGUCCAGUAAUUCCCGUAAUGCUAGCCGGGAAGGCCUUCGUGUUUUGAGGACACAGAGCAACAAAACAGCUUCUCUUCAAAAUCCAAGGAAACUCCACAAUGCUGAGAAAACAACUGCGCCGUUCAAGAGGACUCGUUCACAACGCCUUCGAAGUGUCCAACCCAAAGCUCAGCCAGCUUCCCAAUCCCAUGCUGCAAAUACAAGCAAAUCCAGUCUUGUUUCCAUCUGUAACCCUUCACAGUCUGCACGUGGCGUCUCUGCCCUCAGAAGCACGGAUCAGAGCCGCACCAAGACGGACAUUCAGUCAACGUCAAAGAAAUUACCUGAAACGAGUGUCAAAUCAACCUCAGCUGCCCGUUUGACAAGUCAAAGACCAAUGAAUACAACCGAGACAAAAAUGCAGAGAAACGGUGUUUCUAAAACCCAAGCGAAACCCAUGCAACAACCCAGAAGUCCGAGUGCUGUGCACAGCCGCAACCGGAAACCAAACCCAUCGACGAACAGAUCCGUCGUGAACCGGAGAAAAGAUACUUUCUUCGUAGAUGCCACUAAAUCGAAAUCAAAUGGCUCUGACACAAUCAGAGCGACGAGAGCGAGCGCCUCUUCGACUCUCUCUAAACCUGCGAAUAGAGAAGCAGCAGCGGCGGUCAUCAAAAAUAAACAACUAAAUAAUGCCGCUGCUUCUACCAAACCGGCCGGUCGACGCUCCAGGAGUUGUGUUCUGCCGCAGACGACCAGUGCGCCUCCAGAGCUUCACCGGCCCGCUAAGAUCUCCAGCCAGGCCGAGUCUGCAGUUCAACUGCAGACUCCGAAAUCCAGACUGUGUCCCAGCACUCAAGGAGUACGCACCGCUCCGGUAGAUGGAGAGAAGAAGCCCACUGCAGCUCAGGAGGACAGACUGCGUAAGCUCCAGGAGUGGAGGGACUCGAGGGGCAUCACUUAUAAACGCCCCCCCAUGCCUGUUCAUCUGGUGAGGAGGAAGACGGUUUCUGCGCUUCCUCAGCCGUACUGGACUUCUAUGGAGAAUGAAGAUGAGGUUCAUGACGUUGUCUUUGCUGUGGACCGAUCGCUGGAUGACUGCAUUCAAUUAUUACAGCAGGGUUUCCCAGCGGAGCGGGUCAGAGAUGUGCUGUCUCGGGUGCCAAUGGCACAGAAGUUUGCUAAAUACUGGAUCUGCCAGGCGAGACUAAUGGAAAGAGCGGGAAACCUGGAGGUGCUGCCCAUGUUUCAGGAGGCCAUCCGUGUGGUGAGAGAGCCAGUGGAUGAGCUACGAUCUGUGGUUUUUGAGAUCCUUAAAAAGAGACAGAUUCAAGGUUUGUCUCUGAUGCCAAAAGAGUGUGAAGCAGAAGAGACUGGAGCGUGUGAUGAAGAGCACACCCCAAAACCCAUCAGUGCCCUCAUAUCUGGAGCGAGGGGAGACUCGUCUGUCGUCAAGUAUAAAAUCACAGCGACCCCAGGGGGCAAAAGGAGUCAGCGAGGAGCAGAAGCAGGGCAAGUGGACGGUCAUGAGAUCCGCUUCUUCACCCCGGUGCGCCGCUCGGUGCGGAUCGAGAGAAGCGCUCGGCGUUAUCCCACAGCUUUGCAGGAGCAUGAGCCCUGUGUGACCUCUCUCUGUGAGCUUGCAGGUGAGCGUCAGGAAGAGGUCAAAGGUCACAGCUCUUCUGUGUAUGUGUACCGUGAGAACGAAGCGCUGACAGACCGCGUUCACAUUACGCUUGUUUAUCCAGAGGAGGAAGAAACGUGAUGGUGUUAAUCAGCACGCUCUGACCUUCAGGUCCCACCUGGAAGCAAUCGUUUUAAUCGUUUUCAUUCUGCAUUCACUAUUUCUCUGUAAAAUAUUAGCAGCAGAUUUCUGUAUGUUACCUGAUUGGUUCAUACCUUCAUUGUUAUGCAGCACUGCUGUAUGUACAAAUAAGAUGAUGGUUUUGUCUAAAUGUGCUGCAAAAGACUUGACACGACGUCUAACUUAUCUUUAAAACUUUAGUUAUAAUUUAUGAAUUAGACUCAGUCUCUGCAUUAAUCUUAUUAAAGCAUAUUUGAGUCAGUGUUGCUGUAAUUUUGUUCCAUUGAAAGUGGAGAGUUAUUGAUAAGACUGCUUUCUGAGCGAAUGAGCGAACAAACAUUUUAUGAAUCUUUGCAUGCUCUGAGCUCUGUUUUUAGAUCAUUUCCCAUUGGUGUUAUGUAAUAUGACUUCAUCUACAGUCUUCAUUGUUUAUUAAAUCUUGAAAUGUUUAU